ACAUUCUCCUGGCCUAUUGGGUAACUAGAAGGUCCCAAAAUAUAUAUAUUCUUAAUAAUGCGGAAGUAAUGUCUUAACCGCAUGAGUUCCGGAUCAUCGUACACAGCCACCUCCACGUGUCUCGAUACCCAAGUCUGCCCGCGCUGAAGCAUAUGCUGGAGUAUACCUCUACUAAUCAAAGACCAGCUGUGCCGCACAAGGUGCCCACGACAGCCACCUCAUAUACCCGGCAUAUUUGACUUAACGUCUUCGCUAGUACUUAAAUAUGCCUUCUAUCCCGACCGGAGACCGUGCUACUCAUACAACUGCCAGGUCCUCGGCUUAAACAGUCGAGAGACACGUUCGAGGCCUACUCUCUUGAAGAAGGCACAUGGGAGACUCUAACCCCGAUUCCGGAGGCUUUCGCCCAUAUCAAUGCCGCCGCUGUUAACGAUAAAAUCUACUUGCUCGGAGGUCUCAUGGGAAAUGGAUCGGAUAUGGUGUGGCGGUCUUCACGCGACUGUUUCAUCUACGACAUUGUUGAACGCACAUGGACGGCUCUACCCCCUAUGCCGGAGGGGCAGGGCCGUGGAGCUUCAGCUAUAGGAAUAUCCGGAUAUAUCGUGUACUUGGCUGGAGGGUUGGACCGGCUCGAAAUCGGUGGCGAUCAACUUACUCUUGAUAUUGUGACCGCAUAUGACACCGAAAAGGGAACAUGGACAACGCUACCAAGUAUUCCUGCACCGAGAGAUCACGUCGGGGGAGCAGUCAUAGGCCAGAAGUUCUACGUUGUUGGCGGUCGCGAUCACGGGCAAGUGAACGUGCGUAACACAACCUGGUCUCUCGAUCUCAACGCGCCAUCAAAGGGAUGGGUAGCCCAUGCCGAAAUGCCUACCGCCCGCGGUGGACUUGCGGUUGGCGUCAUCGGCGAUUACAUUGCAACUUUCGGGGGCGAAGGCAACCCAGCACCCGGGUCGAACGGCGUAUACAACGAAACGGAAGUUUACAGUGUGAAGGACGACGUAUGGUUCAAGCAGCCGGCUAUGCGACACCCGAGGCAUGGUACGGCGGCCGCCUCGGUAAACGGUCGCAUCUACAUCCCAGGCGGUGGUAUUGUCAUGGGCUCGGGACCAGUGGAUACGUUUGAUUCAUUCUAACUGAGUCCUUGAUGCCCUGUUGAGGUUAUAGGAAGAAUCGGGGGGAUUUAUUCGGCGCGGAAUAUAUUUAAAUAAGAGUCGAGGUUACUACAUCUUAUCCAAUCCCAGUGAGAAAUGUUAUGUAUUUAAUACGGAUGCUAUGUAUAAUUCUGAGUUGUAUCAAGC